AGACCCGGUGAUCAGCAUCUUGGAUCUAGUAGUAGAAUUGGCUUGGCUAGUCCUACCAGGCGGCAAAUACCCGUCUACACAGCUCAAGAAAUAGCAACACUACAGGCAAGGCUCGAAAAAAAACUUGGCCCAGAAUACUUAUCGUCACGAUCUGGUCCUGGUGGGCAAAAGGUACAUUAUGUGGCGGCUGAAAAAUGUAUUCAGCUAGCCAACGAAGUGUUUGGAUUCAACGGCUGGUCUUCGCAGAUCAUGGAUUGCCAAGUCGACUUUGUCGAUGAGAACCCUCAAACUUUAAAAGUAUCCUUGGGUUUAUCAGUUGUGGUGAGGGUGACGUUGAAGGACGGUACGUUUCAUGAAGACGUAGGCUACGGACACAUCGAGAACUGCAAAGGCAAAGCUGCGGCAUUUGAAAAAGCAAAGAAAGAAGGCACAACUGACGCUCUGAAACGAGCAUUAAGAAACUUUGGAAAUGUGCUGGGAAAUUGUAUUUACGAUAAGGAAUACUUAAAGCAGGUUUCCAAAGUCAAGCCGUUUGUCCCAAAAUGGAGCGAAAACGAUCUUUUUCGACACAAUACGUUCACAUCUCACCCGGCAGGCAUAUCAGAUAAAUCGACAGAAAAGAAGGAACCUAAAAUUUCGUGGGCCAACGGUGUGGAGAAGAAGGAAUUUUUGGAAUCAGAUCUAGCUUCAACAAGUAAUCCUGCCGAGGACUAUUUUGAAGAUGAGUUUGGUGACUUUGACGAAGCGGAUUUCAGCGUCGCAGACCCAAAUUCUCAUCCAGACGAAGUUAUGCUCAGUGAUUCGACCCCACCUGCAGUAACUAAUAAUAAUAGUUCUGACGCUGAUACAAAUAAUAUCCCCAAAAAUGAUGGGGGAACGACACUCCCCCCAACAAAACAAGCACCUGCUCCAGCCAAAUCUAACGGAUCACGAGUUCAAAAAAGUGCUAUGAGACAUGCUCCUCAAACACCUGUUGCAACAAAUUUGCAGCAAAAACCUACCAACAAACAACCGCAUCCCUCGCCUGCAAUCUCUAUCUUAGCUGGAAGAUCUCUCAUCCAACCUAACCGUACGAAUGAUACAAGCAAAAACCCUGCCUCAAUCGCUUCAGCACAGUCAGAAAAAUCAUCAAAUUCUACGCAUACACAUGAUCCCAUAGAUCCAUCUAUAGCAGCCAGUGGGUUCUACUCUGCUCGUGCUGCUACUCUGAUUUUAGCCCCUGCACAAGCCCAAAACUCUACAUCUCAGGGCCCUCCUGACCCCAUACCACCAAAUGCACCUGCCUUCAACCCUCACGCUGAAAGUCCUAGUAUUCGGAAAACGCCUGGUGUAGAUCACAGGAGUAGUAAGCCUCUUACACGAGACUUAAGGCAUGUUCCUUCGAGCAGUCAAGCAUUAGGACCGAUAGCAGUUUCAGGUGUGGGUGGCAAUGGAACUGUGAACACUAGUGGCAACAUCCUCAAUCCGAGUUUAGAUUAUGCACGAAAAAUUGGGGCACCGAUGAGUCCAAGUCCAAUGGGAAUGACAAACGGAAGAAGCACUGGAUUUAGAAUGCCCAUGAAGCGGCCAACUGAAGGUAAUAGCACAAGAAGCAGUAAUGGAAACGGCCGGAUUCCGCUUGAUAUUCUGAGCACAAACGGCGUCAUGCAUGAUGGUAACGACCCAAAAAAGCCAAAAGUCCAAGCCAAGUGA